GUUUUGUUUUCGUUUUGCUCAAAGUUAAAAUAAUUCAUAAUUUAAUGUAUUCCUGUAGAAUUCCUGCUAUUAUUGAAUUUUAAUAUAAAACUAGUUACUCAGAGAAUAUAAGCGAAUAGAGAUGACUGCAUUCGAAAAUUUGUCACCUUCACAGAAAGUCCGAGCAUCACUCCACCGCGAUGUCAGAGGGAUAUGCACAGAGGCCAUACAUCUACUUGGCAUGGACAUGACCAAGCCCGCCAUGGAGAUAGUAGCAGAACUAGUUUACAAAAAACUGAAAAUAUAUGGGACGGAUUUGGAAGCCUUUGCAAAACAUGCCAAACGGAACACUAUUAAUUCUGAGGAUGUGAAACUUCUGGUCAGAAGAAAUGCGUCAUUGAAAGCACACUUAAACAAAAUUCAACCAUCAAAUCCCCUACUCAAAGAAAAACGUCGAAAAACCAUAACCAUCACCGAACUCACUACACCAUCAUCUAAACCUAAAGAUACCAUACCUACUGAAGAUAAAAAUGAUAAAACAGAGAACACAGAUACAAAUGAAGCGAGAGAGAGUGAGAUAAAAGAUGGGGGUUCGAAUUCGAAGGAUGAUUCGAUCGAGAGUAGGAUGGCAAGUGAAGUGGAACAGAUGUCGGUGGAUGAUGUUGUUGAUCUUACUUUUGAUUGAAAUA